AAAAAGGAGCGCAAAUAAUUGCAACGCCCACACAUUAUACCAGAUCGAUCUGCUCUUCAGGGCCCCCAGUCAACCAGGCCACCACGCGAUUCUUAUCCUUGGGGCCAAGAGAUCGCCAAUCUUUAGAUCUCAACCCAAAGAAGAUCUCUGAAAGGUCUCCCCUUCCCGCGCCUAGGAUCAUACGAGAGUAAAUCCUCAUAAUUGCGUACACACACACACGAAAAGAAAGAGAUGCGCUUCCCUCAUCUCGUGGCCGCCACCCUGACAGGCGUGCCGGGCCUGGUCUCAGCGGACCCUUCAUCGAGUUCCAGCUGCACAACAACCACAAGCACCCUCACCUCCUCCUCCACGGUGUCCGUGACGCUGCCGAAUACAAACAACCCCUGGUCCUCAUCGAUAUCGACAGCAAACUUCACCAUCACUGACACCGUAACCACCUACUCGACCACAUCCACCCCACUCGUCAUCAUCACGGGCGGCAACAGCACCUUCUCCGUCUCGCCCACGUCUACUACGCCCGCCACCGUGUCUUCCAAUGUGGCCGCCGCCGGCGAGGGCCUCGCGGGGGACAGCAGCAUGCUGGGGCUGGUCGUCUUCUUUGCGCUGUCCCUGUGUUUGCUGUGAGGACACAGGCCGUGGCUCUUGAUCCUCUUUUUCGUUUAUUCCUGCUUUCUGCUUUCGGCGAUACGAGUCAUGG